AUGGUAGAAUGUUUUGAAACCAUUGAUGAAGCCAAAAGGAGGGUAAAAAAUGCCCCCAAGCAACAGAAGAGGUCGUACAUUCUCAGUACUGUGGAUGGAAACCUAGAGCAGCUAAUGCUGGAUGUGAACGACUGGAAGACUGUGAACUGGUCUGAGAAGGCCAAGGAGUAUCAAAUAAGAAGAAAAGGGGCAAGAGUUCCACCACCCAAUGCUGGGCAAGUCUUGAAGGAGUACCUAAAGUCCUGGGGAGUUAACCCUGAUACAUUUGAUCAGAAAAAGAGGAUGGAUGGAUGGAUGUUAACAGAAUUUGCUGUGAACAAAAAAAUGACAAAUAACAUUGUCCAGGAGAAGAGGAAUGAACAGCACCAGGAGCUGAGAUCUCUCUUUGCUUAA